AUGGUUCACGCUAAUGGCUGCGACUCUGCUCCUGGCAAAGGACCUUCACAGCCCCAGCAGCUCGGCGGAGAACAGCUUCGUGCCACUUCUGACGCUGAAGAACCCCCUUGUAGUGGUUACUCCCACUCGACUCAGCAACAACACCAACACCACCAUGAGCAGCAUCAUGCAGAAAAGGUCCAGCCUGACGAGCACCGCGUCACGGUCCUCGACCUGGGCUCGGUCAGUCGCACCCCGUCGUCGACUCCCAGCCGCCGAUCCUCCACCGUUGCCGCAACGGUUGAUCUGCAUCAACCGCAUUCCCUAGAGUCCGACCAGGUGAUUGCCCAAUUUCAAAGUGAUAUCAACACUGGUCUUUCCGAGGACCAGGUAGUCCAGCGUCUCAACGAGCAUGGUCCCAACCAGCUCAAGGAGACCAACAGGGUCAGCGCCACCUCGAUCCUGAUUCGUCAGAUGGCCAACGCCCUCACCCUCGUCUUGCUCGCCGCCAUGGCCCUGUCGUUUGGUGUCAAGGAUUGGGUCGAAGGUGGUGUCGUCACCGCCGUCAUCGUCACCAACGUGCUGAUUGGCUUCAUCCAGGAGUACAAGGCCGAGCGCACCAUGGCCUCGCUCCGCACACUCUCUUCGCCCAACGCAAACGUGCUCCGAGCCUCGACCAUCCGACAGGUGCCCUCCACCGAGCUCGUGCCCGGUGACAUCGUCAACUUCCGCGCCGGUGACCUCGUCCCCGCCGAUGUUCGUCUCGUCACCAUCAACAACCUCGAGAUCGACGAAGCUCCCCUCACUGGUGAAUCGGUCCCCGCCAUCAAGACCACCGGACCCCUGACCCGACCUCACCUCGGCCCUGCUGACCGCACCAACCUGGCCUACGCCGGUACCACCGUCACCAAGGGUAGGGCCGUCGGUAUCGUUGUCGCCACCGCCAUGAACACCCAAAUUGGUCAGAUCGCCACCGCGCUCGCCAAGAAGGGUAACAAGGAGGACGCCGAGCGCCCCUGGUUUAAGCGCACCUGGGAUGCCAUCGCCACCUUCCUCGGUGUUCGCGAGGGCACUCCCCUCCAGAUCAAGCUCAACAAGUUUGCUUACGUGCUCUUGUUCCUGGCCAUCAUCUGUGCUAUCAUCGUGUUCGGUGUCGCCGAGUUCGACAUCAACAACGAGGUGAUCCUUUACGCCAUCGCCCUCGGUAUCGGUGUCAUUCCCGAGUCUCUGGUCGCCGUCCUCACCAUCACGUUCAGUGUUGGUGCCAAGCGUAUGGCCGAGAGCAACGUCGUCGUUCGUCGUCUCGAUGCCCUCGAGGCUCUUGGUGGUGUUACCGACAUCUGCAGUGACAAGACUGGUACCCUCACUCAGGGUAAGAUGGUGGUCCGACAGGGCUGGUCGCUUGCCGACGGCAAGCAGCAGAACUUUGGCGUCGAACAGACGGGCGCCACUGCUUUUGAGCCCCAUGGUCGCAUUCUCAUGCCCUCUGUCACCGCCGAUGUUGAGCCUCAAGCGGUCGAACACGAUCAGCUCCCCGAGCCCAUCCGCAACCUUGCCACCGCUGCUUCCCUCUGCAAUAUCGCUGAGAUCGAGCAGAAGGAGGACGGCUCCUGGACUGCCCGUGGUGACCCGACCGAGAUCGCCCUGCAGGUCUUUGCCACCAAGUUGCAGAUGUCCCGCGACUCACUCACUACCGGCGACCACGCUCAGUACAAGCACGAGCUCGAAUUCCCCUUCGACAGCACCCUGAAGCGCAUGACCAGUAUCUACCGCCGCAACUCUCAGGCUGGCGCUGACCGCAUCUUCCUCAUGAAGGGUGCUGUCGAGCAGGUCCUUGCCUGCUGUGACAGCAUGAACGAAGCCGACCGCAAGUUGAUCCUCGCCCAGGUCGAAAAGAUGGCCUCGCAGGGUCUGCGUGUGCUCGCCUUUGCCGACCGCAGCAUGGAUGAUGUGCAGUUCAAGGACGAGAGCUCCCGUACUCGCGCCUCGCAGUCCGAGGACGCCGACGAAUCUGGCACCAUCAGCACCAUGGGCAAGAAGCUCGAAAGUGGCAGUGCCGCUCCCGGUCUUUCGCGUGCUGCUGCCGAACAGGACUUUGGCUUCAUCGGUCUCUUGGGUAUUUACGAUCCUCCCCGUGCUGAGACUCGUGCUGCUGUCGAGGCGUGUCAGCGUGCCGGUAUCGUCGUCCACAUGCUCACGGGUGACCAUCCCGCUACUGCCCAUGCCAUCGCCAAGGAGGUCGCCAUCGUUGAUGGCACCGAGGGUCCUUCGGCUGUCAUGACCGCUGCUCAGUUCGACGGUAUGACCGACGCCGAGAUCGACGCUCUCGAAGACCUCCCCCUGGUCGUGGCUCGAUGCUCUCCCGCCACCAAGGUCCGUAUGAUCGCUGCCGGCAAGCGCCGUGGCCGCUACCUCGCCAUGACGGGUGACGGUAUCAACGAUGCUCCCUCGCUCAAGCAGGCUCCCGUCGGUAUUGGCAUGGGUACCGGUACCGAUGUCGCCAAGGACAGCUCGGACCUGGUGCUCACCGACGACCGUUUCGACUCGAUCGCCAAGGGUAUUCGCGAGGGUCGAGCCAUCUUUGACAACAUCCAGCGCUUCCUCAUCGGUCUCUUGGUCGCCAACGUCGCCGAGGUGCUCCUGCUCCUCUGUGGUCUCGGUGUUCGCGAUGCGGACAAGGAAUCGGUCUUCCCCCUCGCGCCCGUCGGUAUUCUUUGGGUCAACAUGGUCACCGCCUCUCUUCCCGCCAUUGGUCUCGGUCUCGAGCCUGGCGAGAGCGACAUCAUGGAGCGCCCCCCGCACGAUCUGCGCGCCGGUGUGCUCAGCCGCUCGGUCAUCGUCGACACGCUCGUGUACGGCAGCACGAUGGGUAUCACCUGUCUGAUCGCCUUCCUGCUCAUGAUCUAUCCGAUCGGCGGCGGUCAGAUCGCCAUCGACUGCAACCACUCGUCGGCCGCCUCGUGCGAGCCCAUCUUCCAAGCCCGUUCCGCCGUGUUCACCACCUUGACCCUCCAGCUGCUCCUCAUCUGCUGGGAGCUGAUCAGCAUGGAGAAGUCGUUUUUCAGCAUGUCGCCCGCCAAGCAUUUGUGGAAGAACCCCAUGCUGCUCUGGUCGGUGGUGUUCGGUAUCGCCACCAUCCCCAUCGCGCUGUACGUGCCCAAGUUCAACACGGACGUCUUCAGGCACGCACCCAUGGGUGGUGCCGGUUGGGGUAUUUCCAUUGCUAUGACCGUGACGUUCAUCGGCAUCGUCGAGCUGUGGAAGGCCCUGGCGCGUAGGGGUAGGUGGCCUUGGCUGGCAAGGAUCUCGGGUGGUCAGCGCGGCCUCGCCCGUCGUCAGGCCAAGAAGCAGAAGCAGCUCAGCGAGAAGGCUUAA